AUGCAAGGUAGUUUUAAAGAAUCUCAGAUGUCUGAAAUGUCUGAAAACGACAUAUCUAAUUUUAAAAGAAGACAAGGGAAAUUAAAAUAUUUAAAUAUAACUAAAGAUAUUACGGAUUUUAAGUUUACACCUCCAACUGCUAAGAAUAUUUCAUUAAAAAAUAAUAGGCCUUCUAAAUAUUUUAAUUCAUCAGAUAAUUAUAAUUGUAAAAGUACUAACGAUAAGAAUAUGGUUUAUUCUAAUAAUAAUAAUAAUUUAAAUCCUUCUCAAAUAAACAAUUCCAACGUUAAUACGUAUGUUUAUCAACAACAACAUCAACGUAGUGUUAGUGGAAAUUAUCAAAAUAAUUUUAAUUCUGGAAAUAGGUUUAAUAAUAAAAAUGUUCAGUAUAAAAAUGAUCGUCACAUAUUUAAUAAUAAUAUGUACAAUAAAUCUCUUCAACAAACACACGCUGGAAACAAUAAAGAGGAUGUUAUUUUAUCAAAUACGAAUCUCUAUAUUCGUAACUUAACUCAAGAAACAACUGAUGAAAGUCUGAAAGAAUUAUGUAAGAAGUUUGGUGAUAUUGUAUCAACGAAGGCUAUUAUGGAUAAAGGAACAAAUACAUGUCGUGGAUUUGGUUUUGUUGAAUUUAAUAAUGUGGAAGAUGCUCAAAAAGCUAUGAAUGGAUUAUCUGAACAAGGUCUUCUUGUUUCACGAGCUAGACUUAGUAAAAAUAAUAAUGAGGAUAGUGCUGAUUCAACAAAUUUAUAUAUUGCCAAUCUUCCAGCAGGAUACACUGAAGAAAUGUUACGUUCGCUUUGUGCUAAUGAAGGAGCAGAUGUUAUAUCUACAAGAAUAUUACGUGAUGAAUCAGGUGAAUCUCGUUGCGUUGGAUUUGCUAGAGUUGAAUCAAAAGAAAGAUGUGAGCAAAUAAUUAGUAAGUAUAACGGAAAAGUUCUUGAAGGAACAAAAGAACCACUACUAGUAAAACUUGCUACUGCUGGUAAGAAAGUUGGAAAAAGUCGUACUUUUGGAAAUAUGCCUUAUAUAAAUAAUUAUUAUAUGAAUCAACGUAGUUACACAGGAGUAAUAAGAAAUGCAGGAAUACCAGGAUAUACACAAAAUCCAAUUAUUGCUCAUUCAAUUCCUGUUGAUGGUCCUUUUUAUAAUUAUCCUCCACCAGCAAUUUCAAUUAGUGAUAGACCAAAUAAUGUUCCACCACCUCAUGGUGUAAACCGUAGUGGAAGUGCUUCUCAUUCAACUCCAAGAAUAUCAUAUCCAAACAUUCAACCUGCUCAUUAUUCAGGUCCUACAAUACCUCCAGGUCCACAUCAUUAUCCAGUUAUACCUCCUGGUGGUCAUCCACAAGGAUAUGGUACACCACAACAAUUAAUAGGAUCAUAUCAGGGUACAGAUGGUCCAACAUCAAACCAAACUCCUUCUUCAAAUGAAGGCCCUCCCAGUCAAAUUCCACAAGGUUACUAUCAAGGAUAUCCUUAUUAUCAGGGACAACCAUAUGUUCAAUAUGGUGUUGAUGUCCAACAAAUGCAUAUUCAACCAAAUCCUCAAUAUUGUAACGGGACAAUGAACGCAAACGUUGGUAGAAAUGAUGGAGAUGUCCAACAAUAUGACAAUCCUGGAAAUAGAAGUGGGCAGGUAACAAACAACAACAAUAAGGAGAAGAAAUAA